AAAGAAGUGACGGCCAUGUUUGCCGGCGCCGUCGCUGUAAACAAAAAGUGUCUCCGAGACAGACGCUUCGCUGAAUUUCGGGUCAUUUUUAUUUCUUCAAUUUAUAAUGUCGUUGGGCAUGUCUUACAAACCCAAUGUGCACCCGCAGAUUCCGGGAGCAUCGGGCAACCAAGUUGGGAACAUAGUAUCCUCUCCAUCGAACAUGAACACGGUUCAGUCCUACCGGCCGGUUGUGAAUGACUUUGGACCACCCACUCUUGGCUUCCAACAGGGUCCAAAUGGCAACCAGGUUCCCCAGAAUAAGUACGCAGAGCUGCUGGCUAUCAUCGAGGAGCUGGGCAAGGAGAUCCGGCCCACCUACGCCGGCAGCAAGACUGCCAUGGAGCGACUUAAGAGAGGUAUCAUCCAUGCCAGAGGGCUUGUGCGCGAAUGCUUGGCUGAGACGGAGAGGAAUGCCAGAGCUUAAUGACACCUGACAACUUCCCCUCCCUUUAUCCCCCCCAUACCACCACCCCUCACUGACCUCAACCCCCCCGGAAGCGCUCCCAGCACACCACACGGCACCUCUGGACUGCAGCCAGUGCUGAGGAACUACAGGCAGGCAGGCAGGCAGGCAGGUGGAUAGACACCUUGAGGAUCUCUGUUACACAGGACAGACGGUUACAGUCAAGCUCUAGGAUGAGGGGAUUGAGUACAUGGCUCCCUGAAGCACUCUGAAUCAACGCCUGCAAUGUACAUAUCAGCAUUUUCUCAGAGCCAGUUACUUAUUACAUGUUUUAAAUUUGAAAUCAAUGAAAGUGAAAUGAAAAAAAAAUGCAUGCAAUCAGGUAGACAGGCACUCCUCAUUGGACUGAAUGUGCAUGGCUGUGUCAGGGUUAGGUUAGUCACUUGUGGGAAUGAAUAUGUGUGUACGUUUUUAUGAUUAUGAUGAACAAUAAACAAUGAAGACUUUGUAUGUUACGACAUUCUACAGUGAGUUUGGACAGACAGUUGCUACACUUGUUUGAGUUUUGUACGUAUUUAUUACCUUGUGUAAUAAAGUGUAUUUUCAAUAAAACAUUUUCUUGUUUA